AUGCGUUAUCGAUCGCGCGCCCACGGCCGAUCUCCCCGAUACGAUUGCCUCUGCGCCGGGAAACCCGGCUUCCACCCCUUCAUCUUCGUCUUUGCCUUCCGCUCCCUCACCGUCUCCCCCCAGCCGAAUACCGCUGCCACCGCCGCGGGCGCCGCAGGCGUAGCGACCGCGCCAAAUGUUACAACGUCCUUGACAAGAUCCCAGAGGCUGGGUGAGAUAAUAAAGGCUGGACCAGUGGGGAAAUUCGGCAGGUGGUACGCUCGUGUGCAGGGAGAACGACCGUAUCGGACACAGCUGCUGAGCUCACUUGUUAUCUAUCUGUGCGGUGACUUAAGUGCGCAAUUAUUGUUCCCUUCAGAGCAAGCGGUAAACGAAAAUCAGGAUGCGUCUGCAUCAGCAGAAUCGAAGGAUGAAAUUGAGAAUAAGCCUGGAUUUGGGAGUAGCUAUGAUCCAUGGAGAACAGUCCGGCAUUUGAUCGUGGGUGCAGGAUCUAGCAUCCCGUCGUAUAACUGGUUCUGGUUCCUUCACAACAACUUCAACUUCUCCUCCAAGUUACUCUCGAUCUUGACCAAGGUCUUUGUGCAACAGAUCGUUUUCACUCCCGUCUUCAAUAGCUACUUCUUCAGCGUGCACUCCCUCCUCGCAGGCGCUACCUUCGAAGAAACCUGGGAGCGCUUGAAGAAGGCCCUUCCCGUCAGUGUUACCAACAGUGUCAAGCUCUGGCCAGCUGUCACGGCAUUCAGCCUCAUGUAUGUCCCGCCAGAGUUCCGAAAUGUCUUCUCUGGAGUGAUUGCCGUUGGUUGGCAGACAUAUCUGAGUUGGUUGAACCAGAAGGCCGCGCGUGAGGUGCAGCAAGAAGAGGCUGCGAUUGAGACUGGGUCAUCAUCUGCGAUGAUGGGGAAUUUGAUUCCUGUCGCGCAAACCGCAUAA